UAAGACCCACACGAUUCCCACCUACAAUAAGAAAUCCUUUUCUGCUUUUUCUGCACAAAGUAUUUCUGAAUUAUUUCCAAGUAGUCCAAGACCCGUCGGAAGAACCCCCCUCCAUCCCGUCUUAUUUCUUGUCAGUAGUGCACGUUCCAGUUCCCGUUCGACAAGUGAGUAAUUCUUUCUCGUAUCAAAGUGUGCUUUUGAGAUCAGAGUGGCCUUACAGACGAACUAAGAGUUAUCUCAUCAACAACAUAUAAGAGAGAAAAGAGAGAUUCAUACAUGGAUUUCGUUGAAGGAGCUCCUUCAUCUACAGUUGAUAUUCCAGAAUUUUUAAAAUCCUUCCCGAAGCUGUCUAGCUCUGAUUCAUCUGCCAAUCUUGAUUCUUUACCUAAUGGUGCUAAAGUUGUAGCCACUGAAAGUCUUGCUAGAAAAACAUCUUCUUCUCAUUACACGUUAGCGGACAUGUUAAAAAGAUCAGACGUUACUUCACGAUGGGAGGAUGGUCGUGUUGUGAACGAGUAUCGCAGAAUUAUUCGGGAUAUUAUUGAGGAACUGUUUCAAUUGGAGUUGAAAGAUAUACGUUCUGGCUACUUGAACGAUGAUGACAUAGUCAUUAUUCAUGGUCGAGCAAAGAUCCCCUAUUUUGCGAAUCCUUGUAUUGAAACUAAAUUGUCAAGCUAUAGACAAGAAUUCAAAUCUUUGGUUUCAAGAAUGCUCGGGGAGAAUGCUGCAAUAGUGGAGUUAGUGCACUUCUAUCGCACGAUCGACCACCUUGGGAUGACUUUUAAUGACUUAUGGUAUCAUCCUCUGCUCCAAUCAUCUAAUGAGAGAUAUUUUUUCCCUCUUGACGCCUGGUUGCAUCUUCAAUAUGAGAGAAGACUUACAUGGAGAAAUAUGUAUCAAAAUGUGGCGAGUAAUGAUAUUGACAUCAACACAAUCAUUGGAAAAUCUAACUAUAAGGCUUUUAAGUCCGUUCUUUUGAAAAAAACCAAAAAGGAAGGUGCAUAUAAGAAUAAUGCCUUGGGAGUGUUUGAUUACUCAAGAUACAUACUCGAGAAUGUUAAUAAAAAUGCGGACAAGGACAAUGAAAGAAUUUCGACCAAGCAUGAAGUGGAAGAAGAGCUUACUUCAUUGUUCCCCACACGGCUAAUAGAUUUAUAUGAGUUCUUGUAUUGCAUGGGCAUUAGCAUGGACUCCUUACGGCUGCGAAGAUCAAUGUAGACGCAGAACUUUGAUCAUGAACACAGCUGCCCAACCUUCACGCGCCAAAUGCCAAAGAACUUGAUCAUGAUCGAUGUAGACGUAGAACUUUGAUCAUGAAAAUGAUCCUAGCUUAAUGGAGCCGAUUGCAUGUUGCAGCAUUUACAUUGCUUUUGCAUAAGCUAGUUUUUUCUAACUCAAGUUUUUAGUACCAUGCCUCGAGUUUCACAUGAUAAGCUCUUUGUGAAUGUUGGUUCGUAAUCAUGCUAUCCUUUUAUCCCAUGCCACUAUUAUCUGUGCUUUAUAACAUUUUGGAGCUUUGACCCCUGCCUAGUAUGAUUGACUGGUCAUAUCUACUAGUUAGUUGUCGUUCGGGUUUUAUGUUGCUCAGGUUGUAGGUUAUUUGCUUUGACAUUGUUACUUUUGUCAUAUUUUGGACCAAAUUAAUGCUUUUGGUUAUUUGAUUAA